AUGUCUGCAUCAGUAGAAGAGGCCGCUUCCGCCCACUCACAUCUUUCACCAAGUCAAGGCAAGACGCAAAUCAAGGCUGCUGAAGGCUAUGGAACUAUGCGUGCUGGUGCCUUCGAUCCAGAACAAAAGAAGGUGAUGAUCAACGAUGUGCCCGUCCCUGAACCCGGGCCCAACCAGUUCCUGGUCAAGAUGGCAUGCGCGAGUCUCUGCCAUUCCGAUAUUAUGGCGAUAGAAGCUGGCCAAACAGCAACUCUUGGCCACGAAGGCGCCGGCUACAUUGAGAAGAUUCAUCCUUCUGUUGAGGACAAGGGCUACAAGAAGGGCGACAAAGUUGGAUUUCUCUACAUCAUUGGUUGCUGCUUCGAAUGCGAAGGCUGCAUGAAUCACAAUCUCCACUGCCAAACUGGCAAGCAACUUCUCCAGGGCUUCACAACAGACGGGUUCUUCGCAGAGUACGCAGUGGUCGAUUAUCCGAAUUGCAUCCAUUUGCCCGAAGCGAUAGACGUCAAGACUGCCGCUCCCAUCUUCUGCGCUGGUGUGACCGCUUUCCACGCCGUAGACAGCUCGGAGCUCAAAGAGGGUGAUUGGCUUGCUGUUGUUGGUGCAGGUGGCUUAGGUCAAAUAGCUACGCAGAUAGCGAAAGCUAGAGGCUGCAAGGUUGUGGCGAUCGAUAUUAAUGAUGCAACGCUCGAUGUGUGCAAGAAGCAAGGAGCAGAUGCGGUCUUCAAUUCCAAAGAUAACAAGGACUACGUGAGCCAGCUGAAAGAGUUGACGAAUGGAGGAGCAAAGGCAGCUUGUGUCUUCAGCAACGCCCAGGCUGCCUAUGCUGGCGUCCCUCCAAUUCUCCGACUGGGCGGUGUCAUGAUGGUUAUUGGGCUCCCACACGACCCAAUCCCAGUUUCGACAAUGGACCUGGCAUUGGGGAAGUACAAGAUCAAGAGCGAAAGCACUAGCAUUCCGCAGCGGAUGCCGAAGGCUGUAGAGUUUCUUGCGAAGCAUAAGAUCGUGCCUGAAGUGCAGCAUCGGAAACUCGACGAGCUGAACGAUAUGGUGAACGAGAUGCAGGCUGGAAAGGCUACGAAGAGGAUGUUGGUUACGUUCUAG